CUGUCAAGCAGCGGUCGGAGAGCGCGGGGCUACAGGCCGGGGCCCAGCGGGCAGGCGCAGUGCGAGCCUCCCGCCGCCCACCAGGCCUGCGCGGCCCCUAGCCCUCGUUCUGCCCCGCGCACAGGCGCGCGCCGGGGGAAGGUGGAGGCGCGCGGCGGGACGUGCGCGGACGCGGAUCCCGGGCGCGACAGGUCCCAGGCGGCCGCGAGGGCGUGGACCCGGCAGGUCCGGGGAGGGCGGCCUAGCGCAGUCCCGCACGGCGCCCCCUCCCAGCCUGCGGCUUGGGGCCGGCGAGCCCUGCACCCUCAGCUCCCCCCCACCCCCCCGCCCCGGGCCGCGCGAACCCACAGCGGACUUUCCACUCCUCAGGCCACGGGGAGCCGCCAGCUCCCCACCCUUGUCUGGCCUUUCUGGGCCGCCCCGCUGACGCCCGACCCUCGCUCGCACGCGUCGGGCGGUUAG